CGGACCUUUUCCUUUUCUUCCAUAACACUUCUUCUGAGCCACCAAACGCACCUCCGCUCCUCCGCGCGCACUGCCGCCCAGCACGCUGCCUGUGAGACCAGACAUGGACGCGACCGCCGCCACCGCCAAGCGCAAACGCGCCGCCACCGACAUCGCCGGCGCCGCCCCCGCCCCCGCCGGCGCCGACGAGGCCUCCGACGCCGAGGUCGAGGAGUUCUACGCCAUCCUCCGGCGCAUGCGCGACGCCUCCCGGCGCAUCUGCGGCGCCGGCGCCCGCCCCGCACCGCGCGCGCCGGCGUGGCGGCCCAGCUUCUGCUGGGAGGACUUCGCCACCCCGGCGCCGCCGGCCACGCCCCCCGCCCAGGCGCGGGCGGAGGAGCCCCCCGCAGCCCCGCCGACGCCGGCGCCGGCAACGGCGCCGGCUCCGCGCGCCGGCCUCGACCUGAACGCGGAGCCGGAGCCCGAGGCGCCGCCCACGCCGCGGUCGGCGCGCGCCCCGGCUUAGCCCGCACCGCGCCUACAGGCUACACCGCGCCAAGGAUUCUCGGGGACGCUGCGCGUACGUCAGCACGUGCGUCGGCGUCCGCGUCAGCUUCGCUGUUGGGUGUGUGUGGGUGGUGGCCGGUGAGCUCAUCGGGGGAGCUGGACGGGUGGUUGGCAUCUCCCGCGGCGCCGUGGUUUUACCCUCCUCGCUGAUAAAGACCCCGCCAUGUAAACGGUAAAUCGGUAUGGUAAUUAGAUGGCUGGUUGGAUCUCCCUCUCUUCUCCCGUGUGGACAGGCGAGAGCGAGUCCGGUUGAUGGGCUGUCGGAACACCUAUUAAUCGCAGCAGUUGAUGUACCGUCCAAACCUGAAGAAAUGUUAAGUUAUUCGUUGUCUGAUCUCUGAUGUGCGUUAACUUUUUUUUUUGCGUUAACUUGAAAGUGUUGAUGAUAUAGUGAGUCUUUUAUUUUCCUCAAAAUUCUAUAACUCAUAGCUCUUCAACGUAAAGAUUGUUUCUUCGCGUUUCUCGGUGAUGAAGAAACUGUGGUGUUCUUAUCUUACCGAUCUGAGAGGUUACUCACUGUUACCUUCCGUUGGAAAAAGAAAUGACGAGCUGCUUAUUGCCAUCCAUCCUGUUAGGACAAACUAGAAGCUACUAACCACUGAAAUGACUAAGCCUAACUGUGUGAAUCUCGGUCAAGCAAGGCUGGGCAUGAGUAUAUGAUUAGAGUAUAGUACGCCCGUGAAGACCGCACCAUCAUAGCAUGCUCAAGUCGUGUACCCUGUAUGCUCAGUAUUGCUAAACCUAUUCAUUUUUUUGUCCUUCUGUAGUACAGCUUGUCCCGGUGACCCAUGCGUACAAGGCUCUUUACUUUGCGGGCACACUCUUGAUUGAGUGCGCCGCUGCAGCCAUUCCGUUCCCGUGCAGAGAGCAAAUUUGGCAGGAUAGCCGAGCCUAAGCCUAGGCCUAGUAUCCUCCUCUCGCUAAACAUCUCGGAGGGCCACGAAAACUCGAAUGAAGAUUUCUAGCACUCGAGUAACCCGGUAGGUGUUAUCCUGAACCUCUAUUUGCACCUCGAGAUCCGAGCGGCGUCAAAACGGAAACAAAUUUACAUCAAAUCGUGUACUUUAUACGCAUAUAUGUACAGCUGUUAUACAAAAUAAAAAGAUACCAUCUCCGCCGCCACAUUUCAAAAUCAUUUGAACCAUUUACUUUCUCUCUCAUCAUCUCCGUCUAAACCCACGGUCGGUGCUCCCGAGGCCAGCGAGCGACACCGGCGGCGGCGCGCCCAGAUCCGGCGAUGGUGUGCCCCGAUCCGGCGUUGGCGGGCUCAGAUCCGGCGCCCCUCGCCGCCGUUCGCGGGCCGGGCUGGGAUCCGGCCGCCCCUCGCCGCGCCCCUGCGAACCCGGCCACCGAUCCCCCAGAUCUGGCUCUCCUCCUUGCCAGCAGCCGGCGAUAGCGAGCGGCGGCGCUCGGGCGGGAGGAGGAGCCGCCCGAUCCGCUCCGUCCCUCGCGGAUCUGCGUCGCCCUCGUGCUCGCAAACGCGGAGGCCGUGGCCCCGGUGGCCGGCGCCUGCCUGGGGUCCCCUCUCUGCCGGCUUCCUGUACCGGUGCUCGCGCACGUGGAGGCGCUGGCCGGUGACGCGGCAGGCCGACGUUGCCUCUGUGCCACGCUCGCGCGCGGAGGCGUUGGCCAACCGGCCGUGGCCACGGUGGCCGGCGCCUUUCUGCUGCGCGGGCGGCGGGCGGCACGGGUCUCCUCCUCCACCCCCGCGACCCCCACUGGCGCCCGUCCUCCAGACCGUUGCCGCCUUCUCCCGCCAUCUCCUCAUCGCCCCGGACGCUGACCCUGACGACCACUGCCUCCGCCCCCAUCGUCGCCACUGGAGAUAGUGAAGGCAAGUUGUUUCCCUUUGUUCUCACCCAUUAGUCUUUUCCGUAUUGUGCCUAGAUUGUGGAUGCUAAUUUGUUUAGAAUCACGUGCUCAGUGCUUAAUGCUCUAUGUCCCUAAAGUGUUUGAUAGAAUGCCGCUAAAGUGAAUUUGCAUGGGAAUAAAAGUAUGUGGUGUCAGUGUCUCUCUCUUGCUUCCAAUAAUAUCAAAUGGUCACCAUAUACCUUGCUGUUUGCUAUUUUUCCUGAAAAUGCCAUCUAUAAUUUGCCAUGUAUAUUGAAGGUACAAUGUGUCCCAGGAUGUGAAUGUGAUGGGCGUGAAGCAUAUAUGCAGGUACCUCAGUGCUGUUUCGAACAUGAUUGUUCACAAUUCCAUGGGAAUUGUACUGUGUCUUGUGCUUCCAGCUUCACUUUCAAAUGAGUUUGUAAAAGCUUGCCUCGCAUCCUGCAUUUCUAAACUAAAAUGGCAUAUCUAUCCAGCUUUAAGGAGAUUAUGGGACUGCAAGUGCUGCACCUGCAGUAGGCACUAUAGUGAAAUGUUUGUUGUUUGUUCUGUAAUGUUUUACUUUUGUUUCAGGAAGCAAAAUCACAUUUACUGGGUUCGACAAUCCUGUCAUUUGCAGAGCAUAGGUGACUUAAAAGCCUGGUGUCGUCACACAGAACCUCUUACUUUCUCACCAAACACCUUUAGUUUCUUAAAACUAAUAGAAGGAUUAAGUUUGCCAUGCAGUGUGAGCUGAUCAUUUGCCAUGCAGUGUUUCUUGUAUUUCUAUGGAACUGCAAUAAGUAGCUUGCGUAAAAAACAUGCAUUAAAUUUGAUUUUGCUCUAUGAAUGUGGUUGUGCAAUCAACAAAACUAUGUUACAUCUUCUUUAUGUGAAACAUGUGCUUUGUAUGUUUAAAAUGCAUCAACCCAAAGCCCAACAAAAACAAGCAAUAUUUUGAAUGUGUGGCCCUUAAAAAUCAUUGUGAAGGUCAGUGCAGUUUACUGCUUUCUUUCAUCUGAUGUGCUUCAGUUGUCAUGGAAGUGAUAUUUGUUAUGUGUUUAUCAAGUCGGAGGGCGCAAUACAGUUCUUGAGAAAGCAUCCAUGACUAAUGGCAUACCUGUUGUCUCGGAUGUGCCGACAAUCGUUUUUGGUGCUGAUGUUUCCCAUCCUCCGGCAGGAGAAGAGUCAUCGGCUUGUAUUGCCCCUGUCAGUUUCUUAGAUGGUGUGGCCUUUGGACAACCAAAGGUGUGCUACGAGGGAUGAGACGGUACUACCAGGGUUACCUAUGUGGAUGUGGUGUCAGAAUGUACCGCUGGACUGGAGGCAUCAAAAGUAUUUAAAAUUUUUUCUUCAUCAUCCACCUAGUGUUAGAUGGUACAAGGUAAAAUGCUCAAAUGCUCAAGGUUCAGCACCUAGAACUUCAGCUUAAGGCGGUAUCUCCUGGUACCAGUUACCCAGUUCGCGCCACUUAUAUGACUCGGUGGUGAAGGGGUACUGGGGUGUACUGGGUAGGAGGUUGUAUGUAGUAUUAGUAAGGCGGAAGAUGAAUGUAUGUAGUAAAUAAUUUAGAUAUUAAUUGAAGUAUUAUAAACUCGAUUCUUAAA